AUUAUUUUUUUUGCAUUUUCGUCACGGAGUCGGAUCCAUCGUCGUCGUCUCGUUCGUUGAUUUUUCCCGAGUGCGGUCAGGUGCGUGAUACGCGGUGAAAAUAGUGCAAAUAUCCCGGAAAAUAGCCUGGAAAAAGACUCGUAAAAAGCGGGAACGAUGUAUCGUUUGCUAGUACAGAAAACGUUCCUCAGCGGAUCAAAGAGACAGAGCACCAUCCUCCUUCGCACUCUGAACAGCAGUGGUUCAUCCAACAUCCCGCAGUUCCGCGAGGCUGGUUUCGGAAAGGUACUGGUUGUACUGUCACCGUUCCUGGUUGGUGGCGGAGUAGUUACAUAUGCAAAAUACGACAAUGAGUUUAGGAAAACCCUUGUCACCAACGUGCCUGCUCUGGAGCCAGUGUUGAAGGUGCUUCUACAGGAAGAGGAUCCAUUCCAGGAAGUUACGAAGAAGCUGGAUGAAAUUUCCAGCACUAUCAGUGGAUAUACUUCCACUGUUACUGGAUUCUUCACCGGUGGCGAGAAGGAGGAAAAGAAAACAGAAAAAAAGGUUGAUAUACCACCGAUAACCCGUUCAAAGUCGGUGCAUGUACCUGUUCCGUCUCCCCCACUGCCUAAACCGGAACCAACAGUAGAGAAGAGCGAAGCAACGAAACCAGCUACAAUCGCACCCGCACCAAAAGCAACACCAGCAAAGGCAGCAACACCUGCCGCAAUAGCAAGCACUGCUGCGCCCAAACCAGCGGUUUCUUCUAAACCUGCUGAGGAAGUACCGAAAUCCAUCAGCGACCUGGAGCAUCAGAUCGAUGUUGCAGCGGCUACCGCCAUCAAAGAGUACGGCAAGGCAGUACAGGUGCUGAAGGAUUACACAAACGAAGUUAAAAAAGUUGUCGAUGAAUCCGUCGACAAGCUGGAUUCGUCGAGCUGGACCAUUUUGCGCAAUCGCACUAGCGCAAGAGAUACUGCCUUGAAAGCAGCUGAGGAUGCGGCUGACGGUGCCCGGGAGAAUAUCGAAAAGCUGCAUCGCUUGUUGGACAGUCGAGAUAUCAAGUGUUCCGAUGAAUUGAAGGAUAAGGCACGUGAAAACAUCGCCUCCUAUCUGGAGCACCUGAAGAAGGCCAAAGAAGAUGUAUACGAGGCGCGCAAUCUUGCCAACUUGGGAGAAAAGUAUUGGAAAAAGGUCGAAGCGGCUCGCAACUUCUUCGUCAAUGAAAUCGAAUCCCUGUUUCCGGGGGUUAACUUGAGCGAAAAGAAGUUGAACAUUUCCAAGGAUGAUCUCGAUCUGUUCAUUGUCCAUGCCUUCACACAGGUCGUAGCUCACCAGAAGGAACUACAAAAGCUACAGAUUGAAGGAGAUCAGCAAUUGAGGCGUGCUUUGGAGGCGGUUCGUGGAACCGAUCAAAGCGAAGCGGUCAAGGCCCAGCUUGAGUACGAGAUUGCCAAGGAAAAGCGCGACUUGAACUUGCAUAAUCAAAGGAAGUUGCUGGCCAUUCGUGCGGAAUUGGAGCGUAAUUUGCGCAAUCAGAUGAAGCGUCAGUCGGAGGCGCACACUGACCACCUUGCCGACGCUCUUGCCCAAAAGGAAGUGGAAAUGAAACGAAAGUUUCAGCGUGAACUCGACGAGAAAAUUACCACGGAGCAAGCAGCCUACAAGCUGCAAUUGGCGUCAAUGCUUGGCAAACUCAAGGGAAUGGAUGCUGCAUUGAAAGAGAUCGACGAUGAAAUGAAAGAUCGUGCCGAUGCCGAGAAGAGUGCCCAUCAAGCUCAAGCCCUGUGGGGCGCGUGUCAAUCACUGUGGUCGUCAAUUCGUUCCGGCCAGCCAGGAAAAUCAUGGCGAGACCAGCUACGACCACUUAAGGACGAGAUCGGUGCUGUGGCUCGAGCCGCCGAAGGAGAUGAGCUGGUGGGUGUAGUGCUGAAAGGCCUCCCAGAAACGGCCAAGAAUCGGGGUGUCUAUCCCGAAGACGCUCUACGGGAACGGUUUAUCAAGGUGGCAGAAGUAUCCCGUCGUCUGGCCUUGGUUCCGGCUGAAGGUGCUCGCCUGCCAUUGUACUUCCUAUCGUAUCUACAAGCUGCCCUGAUAGCCCAACCAGACGUUCCCAUUUCGAAAGAUGAGCUGGAGGAUAAACCGUUUGAUUUCAGCAAGCUUGAUACAUACGACAUUCUGAACCGUGCUCGUUACUGGCUGGAUCGAGGCAAUUUGGUUAAGACGGUGCAGUACAUGAACCUGCUACAAGGAGCAUCGAGGAAAGCCGCGGGAGACUGGUUGAAUGAGGCCCGCUUACUGCUAGAAACACAACAAGCUGCCAGUACUUUGAUGGCUCAUGCAGCCUCUAGUGGAGUUCGUUUCCUGUAAAACAAGAGAUGCCAUCCUUCGUGUUUUUGUAAAUGUCCCCAACAUCCCUUGGUAAUGCCGAUACCAGCCGUAUUUUUCUUGUUUCUGUUAGGCUUCACAUGCCAACUGUUAGAAUACAAAGUUUAUCGAAACCUCGACCGGCGAUUAGCCACCAAGUCAACGAUCGUGUCACAAUUUUAUUGUCUUUAACGACGUUUAAUCCAUGGGAAAAUUUUCAUUCCGCAUUUCACGGAAUCAGUCAUAAUAAAUCCAAGUAUUGUGCAUCGAUAUUUUUAAUUGGCAUUUGGCGCAGACGAGAGAUCUAUGGCCGACAAGCAGCACAGACAGAAUAUGGCUCUAUUGUAUUUAAGUUUGGUGCUUCAGUAGCAAGGAAUAAAUGUAAAAAAUGAUUCAAAUUGGUAGAAUAACGAUGCAGGCAGAAAUUUGUGGAAUCGAUUCUUUUCAAAAUUUAGGAAGAAAAUGUACUCUUAGGCAUAUUAAGUUAAUACACAACCAUAAAUCGAAAAUCUG